AUGUCACAUAAAAGCUCUAAGGAAAUCGGGAAAGUAAACAUUUCUAGCUCCUUGGAGUCUGAAGAUAUUAGCUUAGAAACCACAAUACCAACCGAUGAUGUUUCUUCCUCUGAAGAGAGAGAAGGUACUGUUAAAAUCACAAAGCAGCUGAUUGAACGGAAAGAGUUACUUCAUAAUCUUCAGCUGCUUAAAAUAGAAUUAUCUCAGAAAAACUUGAUGAUUGAUAACUUGAAAGUAGAAUAUUUGACCAAGAUUGAAGAGCUAGAAGAGAAGCUUAAUGAUGCAAUCCAUCAAAAGCAGGUGUUGUCUUUACGACUGGAUAGUCAGCUGGCAUUACAGCAAGAAGAUGCUAGAAAACAUCAGGCUCUAAUGAAACAAGAAAUGGAAACUAUUUUAUUGAGGCAGAAGCAACUGGAGGAAACGAAUCAUCAGUUAAGGGAGAGGGCUGGAGAUAUCCGUCGUAGCUUGCGAGACUUGGAAUUAACAGAUGAUUGCUAUGAGAAGCUAAAGUCUCUUCCUGACGAUCAGCUUUCUAUCCCUGAAUACGUUUCUAUCCGAUUCUAUGAAGUAGUCCAUUCCUUAAGAAAAGAGCUAAGUGAUCUACAGAUGAAAAAGGAGAGCCUAACAGAAGAACUAAGUGGGUACAAAUCCCAACUGAAGUGUCUGACAGAGAGCUAUGAAGAGGAGAGGAGGAAUCGGUCAGAGCUUGAGGUUAGAUGCCAGCGUUUAACACUGGAGCUAGCUGAUACCAAGCAGAUGAUUCAGCGAGGAGAUUACAGACAAGAGAACUAUGAUAAAGUAAAAUGUGAACGUGAUGUAUUUGAACAUGAAUUGUCAGAACUCAGAAGAAAAUAUGAAAUAUUAGAGGUGUCACACAAAGCACAAGCUAAAGAAAGAAAUGACUUAUCAAAAGAGCUGGCAACCAUACAACAGUCCCUCAACUUGUUGCAAAAAGAUAAAGAUUAUCUUAAUCGCCAGAACAUGGAGCUUAGUGUUCGCUGUGCGCAUGAAGAAGAUCGUCUUGAAAGACUUCAGAUUCAGCUAGAGGAUGCCAAAAAAGCUAGGGAAGAAAUGUAUGAAAAAUAUGUUUCAUCCAGAGACCACUAUAAAACAGAAUAUGAAAAGAGACUGCAUGAAGAGUUGGAGCAAAUAAGGUUGAAAACAAAUCAAGAAAUCGAGCAACUAAGAAGCUCUUCAAAAGAGAUGUAUGAACGUGAAAACAGAAAUCUGAGAGAAGCGAGAGAUAAUGCUGUCGCUGAAAAAGAAAGAGCAGUUAUUGCUGAAAAGGAUGCUUUAAGAAAAUAUGAUCAACUGUUAGACCAGUAA